CCGGUGACCACCACACGUCUCCAUCACACGCUCCUCUACCACCGACCCCCAAUCAGCCGUCAUGAAGUGUGGUGUAUUGGUGCUCCUGGGCGUGGUGGCUCUGGUCGCCGCCCGACCCGACACUCUCCUCGACCUGGACGACAUCCGCCACGACCUCGACAUCGCCGACGACACCUCCGUCACCGGCUCCUACAGCUGGAAGUCUCCUGAAGGCGUGGAAUACUUCGUCAAGUACAUCGCUGACGAAGACGGUUACCGCGUCGUGGAGUCCAACGCCGUCCCCGUCACCGCUGACGGCGUCAAGGCUGAUGGCGCUCAGGGAUCCUUCGUGUCCUCCGAGGAGUUCGACAGGAACUAAUAAGCUACUGACAUUCGCCUGUCUCUCAACAUUACUCAGUGACACAGACAGCUUCACUUAUCCAGGAAACUGAACGCUAAGUAACAGCUUCGCUUAACUAGAGAAGCUGAACGCUGCCUGCUGGCAUCAACUGUGAUGAGUUAACCUGGUCACUUCUAAGAGAGGCUGCGACUACUGUCUUAGUUCCCGCCUUUCAAUCUUUCUCCAAAGACUUUCUGUUCUCUCUCUCUCUCUCUCUCUCUCUCUCUCUCUCUCUCUCUCUCUCUCUCUCUCUCUCUCUCUCUCUCUCUCUGAAUUUAAUUCUAUUUAUUGUAAUUUAUGGAUUAUUCUGAAAAU